AUGGAUCCUGAAUUAAUUCCAACAAGAACUGGCAACUCACUGAUGUAUCAAGCCAUUGGAGACAAGUUGAAAAAUCUUAAAUUGUUAUUAGAAAAUGGAAUGGAUGUAAAUGAACCGAUGAUAACAACUGGAGAAUUUGCUGGAUUCACAGCAUUGCAUGUUGCAUGUAUGACAAGUUGCGAUGACUUGGUGGAGUUACUAGUUAAUGAUUAUAAAGCAGAUGUCAAUGCAAUGGCUGCUGACGGGACUCAACCUAUUCAUUUGGCUUGUUUUUACUUACCACUAGAUUCAAUACUUGGCAUUACUCGCGAAAGAGAACUAGGCUUUAAAAAAAUAAAAACAUUAGUGAAAGCUAAUGCAAAUGUUGAUGCCGAAUUUGGACUAGAAAUUUUUUCAAAGCACAUCAAAUACAGAGAAUGGUGUCCCGAUUUUGGUGACAAAAUCCCACUAGUUGUAUAUACUGUUAUUGAUGAUAAAACAUCAAUAAUUCAUCAUCUCAAAAAUGUCAACUUGGACAUUAUAAGCCUUGCAAAUAAAACAUUGCUGAUGUACGCUGUUGAAAAGACCUGUUAUUCACAUAUUCCAGCUAUUAUGUCAAAUGUGGAAGAUCCUGAAUUGAUUGAUAAGUUAAUAAACCACCGCGAUAAUGAUGAUGUACCACUAACUCAUUAUCCAUUGCAUCCUAAAAUAUAUGGAAAAUUUCGAUAUCAUAAAGCUAUGAUGUCCUAUAUUUUAUUUAUAGAGCCAGAAUUUAUUUCUAUCUUAUCAAGUUUGGGGGUUGACAUGUAUGCACUGAUAAACAAUGAUCCAGCAACAUUUUUGCCCAAUCUAUCAGCUUACAGAAGUUGUCCAACGCUACUGGAGCAUUCUUUGCCUUACUAUACUUCUAUGUCCUUAUCUAGGGUUUUAUACUACGCCACGCUGCCUAUAGAUGAAGAGUCUAAGCAUUUAGUAAGUUAUGAUUCAGAACGUGAGCGACUUGAUGAUCUAGAAUCAAUCAGAGAAAAUCGAAAAUAUUGUAUAAUUAUUGCUUUAAGAGAUCUGGUCUUCAGAGUUGCAUUCAGAUUACCUGUUCCAGAACAAGAAAUAAAAUUGAUGGAUGAAUUAAUUGCCAGCGAUGAAAAUCUCAGGAAGAUUGUAAAUAACUACAAAGCAAAUUUCAUUGAAAAAGAAUUGCAAGAUCGUUUUAUUGAAUUCGGCGAUAAUAAAAUAACAAUACAUGAUUUUUUAAUGCAAAUUUUUGACAAUAAAAAAUUAAAAAUUUUGGCACGAGAAGAAAAUUUACUAGAUUCCCUGUAUCAAGUUUUUCACGUAGAUUUCCAUGAUCGUUCAUUUCAGAAGUUUUAUCAUCCAAUUAAAAUCAGGAUAGAAGAUGCUAUGGAGAGAUUGCGACUUUUCGAAAAUUUGAAGAAAAUUUCAUCACUUAGAAAAGCUAUACCGUUACCGUUUGAAGUGGUAUUAGAAAUUGUUGAGUAUUUAAAAAACAAACACUUGAACGUAUUUAUAAAAGCAUUUUAUACUUCGUAA